AACCCUAGUUGUCAUCCUUCGAACUCCCCUCUCGCAGCAGUUGGCCGACUGGUUUUUAGCAUCGAAGCCAAUAUGCAGAACGAAGAAGGAAAGAUCACUGAGCUCUACAUUCCUAGGAAAUGCUCUGCGACGAACCGACUGAUCACCUCUAAGGACCACGCCUCGGUUCAGAUUAAUGUUGGUCACUUGGACGAGAAUGGCAUCUACACAGGCCAAUUCUCCACCUUCGCACUCUGCGGUUACAUCCGUGCUCAGGGAGAUGCGGACAGUGCUAUAGACAGGUUAUGGCAGAAGAAGAAAGUAGAAGUUCGCCAACAGUAGUAGUUUCUAUUUUUCUUCUACUUCAAAUUUAUUUCCAUUUGAGUUUUUAGUUAAUUGCGUAUUUAUGGAUGUUGUGAGGAUGCCUUUGGUAACCUUUUGAUGAACGCUUUUAUAAAAUUCUAGUGUUUGUUUAAAUGUUCAUUUGAUGAAACCUGAUUUUUGAUCA